AUGAAUAACGUCGACGCCUCGGACCACUACGAGGUCUCCUCGCAUGAGACCACGCCUUCCCUUCUAUCCAUCGUAAUCGACACGAACCCCCGCGCCUGGGCCGCCCUCAACGAUGUCCUCCCCCUCUCAAAGGCCAUCGCAAAUAUUCUCGUCUUUGUCAAUGCCCACCUCGCCUUCAGCAACGCCAACCAGGUCGCUAUUAUCGCAUCACAUAGCAAUCGCGCAGUAUGGCUCUACCCUGCAAAGCCCGAAGCCGCUGGGUCCUCGACAAACGGCACAUCUGAGGACGUCGACAUGACCGACGCCUUUGCACCGACGCCGAACAAGUCGUCCGCCAAUAAGUUCCCCCAGUUCGCACAGAUCGAAAAGGCCGUCCUGGCGUCGAUGCGCGAUGUCGUCUCAGCUACCACAGAAGCCGACCUGUCAUGUACCACCACACAACUUUCGGGAGCGCUCACCUUGGCACUCUCCCAUAUCAACAAGACUUCGCUGUCACUCAACGAGACAAACAAGGCGCCCGAUGUACCUCGUGCCACCUCCUCAGCACUAACCCGCCUCCACGCUCGCAUCUUCAUCCUCUCCGUCUCCGAUUCCGAACCGGUGCAGUACAUACCCACGAUGAAUGCCGUCUUUGCGGCUGCGCACUCCCAGAUCCCGAUCGACACUCUCGCCCUCUCUGGCGACGCAACCUUUCUCCAACAGGCCAGCUACAUAACAGACGGAACGUUCAUGAAGGCAGCCAGUCCUAUGGGCCUGCUGAGUUACCUUAUGUUCGCCUACUCUGCCGAUGCCGAAGCUCGCUCGUCUCUGAUUCCGCCCACGCAUCAUACUGUUGACUUCCGGGCCGCUUGCUUCUGCCACGGACGGGUCGUUGACACAGGAUUCGUAUGCAGUAUUUGCCUCAGCAUCUUCUGCGACCCGCCUAAAGACUCUGAAUGUCUUACUUGCGGCACCAAGCUCGCCCUGGGCAGCUACGGCGCUAAGCCCGCCGUCAUCCCGCGCAAGAAAAAGAAGAAGAAGAAGGUCUUGGUCAAUGGUCACGUUAGGGAGGAGACGGGCAGUGCAGCAGGCACGCCACGUCCGGGAUGA